CCUUAUUGGGCUUUAUAACCCACCCUAUUCCUAGAAGCCGCUUUGCACAUGAAUUUCUCCCAUCCUUUCAUUUCAAUCCUUUUACAGAAAGAAAAACUGGCUGUGUCAUCAUUAGAACAGGUCUAGCUAGCAAAUUCCACACACCCACAGCGAAAAAACUGGCUAAAGAGAGUCACACGAAAGCUUGUCUUUGCAAAACUAAAAGAAAGGAAGAAGAAGAACUCAUGGUAUGUAUGUAUGUCGGUUUGUCUUUUGCAGCUCCUCUGCAAAUUUAAACUAUCAGUUCUCAUGGAACUGUAUUGAAUUUCAUGUUUUCCUUGCAAUGGUAAGAAGGAUGUUGACUUUAGAAGAGAAUGAAAUCGGGCCUCCAUGGUUGAAGCCAUUGUUGCAGACAAGUUUCUUUAUUCCUUGCAAAAUUCAUGGAGAUUCCAACCGAAGCGAGUGCAACAUGUAUUGCCUUGAUUGUAUGGCAGGUGGAUUAUGCACCUAUUGCCUUGAACAUCACAGUGAUCAUCACAUUGUUCAGAUACGAAGAUCUUCCUACCAUAAUGUAAUCAGGGUUUCUGAAAUUCAGAAGAUUCUGGACAUCACAGGCAUACAAACAUACAUUAUCAACAGUGCCCGGGUUGUUUUUCUUAAUGAGAGACCUCAGCUCAGACCGGGCAAGGGUGUGACUAAUACCUGUGAUAUAUGCGAAAGAAGCCUUUUGGAUUCAUUUCAGUUCUGCUCUCUCGGCUGUAAGGCAGCAGGUAUAAGACGAAAUCUUUGCAACAUGACAUUUCUGUUACAGCCAAAACAGCAGCAACAACAACAGCAAGGAGGGGCUGAAUCUGACCAGGAUUCAACUUCCUACAAGAGACAGAAGAUUCAAAAGAGUUUCAGGAACAAUUUCAAUGUCAAGGAUUUGAUUAAUGCAUAUAAGAGAGGCCAAGAACAAGCUGGCCAUGGUGAUAACACAAGUGAAGAGACAAUUGUGAUCAAUUACAGCCCCAAAAGCAACAUUUCACAAGACAUCUCACCUCCAACUCCUCCACCCAUGAUAACAAAUUACAGAACAGCAAGAAAAAGAAAGGGUAUACCUUUCAGGGCUCCUCUUGGGAGUCUCUAUCCUAGCUAUAUUUAUUAGGAGGGUACAUAAAAAUUUUACUUUGUGACUGCAAGAAAUUUGCCUGCUACCAAUGGAUCAGUGAAUAUGUAAAUAGUAUAUACACAGCAGGCUGCAACCCAUGCAGAUAUAUAUACACACACCAAAGUAUAUACACAGCAGGCUGCAGCCCAUGUAGAUAUAUAUACACACACAUCAACACAUGACUGGAGGUUGGGUUUCUAAUACAAAGCAGUCAUCAGCCUCAGUUUGUACUUGCAAAAGUACUCCUUUUGCAGGAUGUGUAAAUCAAUAUAAAGGAGCACAUAUAUCAUACUAUAAAGCAUGAAGCAUAUCUUGGAAUAUGUACAGUCAAGGAGAGAUCAGAUGUAGUGAUUGAUUAUUAUGUUUGAGGUAGGGGGAAGAAGCAAACCCCAAAAGUUAAUUGUAUAUAUAUUCAUAAUUACAGGACCAUAUAUAUAUAUAUAUAUAUUGUAGUUUGGGAUGGAAACAAACCCCAAUGGAUAAAGAUGUAUAGAAAGUACAUUUUAAGUGAAGAGAGCCCAUGAUUACAGCAAAUCAGAGCUGUGCAUACUUUGUAACAGAGCAUGGAAUACUAAUUGAUGUUGUUAUAGCUUUUAGAUUAGAA